CAUUGAUGAAUUCAGUCACUAUUCAAAACACUUGCGUAUUUGAUAGUUUCAUAUGUUUCUUUUAUUCCUACACGGAAUACCAGUAUUACCUACCAUUAGAUAUCUUUCACCAGCAGUACCAGAGACGUACCUAUACAGACAUCCCCAAUAUACUUGGGUAUUUAAUCGCUGAUUAUAUCGUUGUUAGACGUAGUCCUAGAGUCGUAGCCCACCAGGAAAAAAAUACCUGCUGCCUGCAAAAAUGAACCUGUGUGUAGCAUAUUUGUUAUUCUUGGCGGCACAUAUCUACCUCGCAGUCGAAGCAGUCGACUCAGAUAAGCCAGCCGGAUCAGGCAAUCCAGACAAACCAGUCGAACCAGUUGUCGACUUUCGUCUGCAAUUAUUGCACAACAACGACUUACAUGCCAGAUUCGAAGAGAUGGACGAGGACACGGGAGCGUGUCCAGACGAGGACGCCAAACAGAAAAAAUGCUACGGAGGAUUUGCGCGCAUGAAAAAGGCCGCCGAUGUCGCACGCAAUGAGGCAGGCGAAAUACCCACCAUUUUCCUCAACGCCGGCGACAAUUUCCAGGGAUCUCCUUACUACUCGCGUUUCAAAUAUAAAGCUAUUUUCCCAAUGGUCGAUAUGCUUGAUAUGAAUGCAACAUCGCCAGGUAAUCACGAAUUUGACGACGGAAUAGACGACUUUGUCGAAUACCUGAAACAAUUAAAAACACCGGUCGUUUGCGCUAACAUCGAUAAAGUCAAGGAACCCAAAUUCAAUGUGCCCGAUAAACUAUUAAAAUCAAUAAUUAUACCCCUAAGCUACGGCGAAAAACAAAGGAAAAUCGGAGUUGUCGGUUAUCUAACACCUGAAGCGAAAAGACCGAGAUUAGCAACUUUGGAACUAGCCGAUGAAAUAGCCGAAAUACAACGAGAAGCCCAACGUUUAAAUGAAGAAGGUGUCAAAAUCAUCAUCGCACUAGGACAUGCGGGGUACGAGCGCGACCUCGAAAUAGCCCAACAAGUGAAAGAAAUCAGUAUGGUUGUAGGUGGUGAUUCUCAUACCUUGUUGUACACGCCGCCGGAAAGAAAGCCAGGUGAAACAGAUGAAGCAUAUGAAAAAAGGAAACAGCCGCCAAGCGUCGAAAAAGUAACAGGCCUGUACCCAACAAUCGUGGAGCAAGACGGAACUGGCAAAAAAGUGCCAGUCGUUCAAGCAUAUGGACUCAGUAAAUAUUUGGGUAAACUUAUGGUCGAUUUCGAUGCUGAAGGAAAUGUCAUCACAGCCAAAGGAAAUCCUCAGUUGCUCGAUUCUUCCGUUGAAAAAGAUGAGAAAGUUCAAGCAGCUGUAUCCGAGUGGACUAAAAGAGUGGAAGAGGAAAUCAAAGAUUUCAGGGAAAUCAAAGGUCGUACGCGUACUACCUUAAGCAAAGCGAACUUCGAAGAAGGCGAAUUCGAAUCCAGUUUGGCCAAUUUGAUUACCGAUGCUUUCGUCGAUUGGGGUGUGCAACUAGCGCACGAACAGAAAUACCCCCACGGAUGGACCCAGACACCGAUAUCAUUCUAUCCAAACGGAGGUGUUCGCAUUAGGAUCAAUCAUAAACGUGCUAGUGGUGCCUUGACCCGUGAAGAUCUCCUGUAUGUUAUGCCAUUUCAGAAUAAGAUGUUCCGACUGAUUGUGAAGGGAAGUUUACUUAGAAGAUUUUUAGAAAAGUCUAUACACGAUUAUGAUGCGGAGGACACCACGCUCAAUAUGAAACAUUUUAUUCAGUUUUCCGGGCUCAGGGUAAUGUUCGAUCUCACAAAACCAAAGAAUCACCGUGUUGCGUCUGUAGCUGCUCUAUGCGGCGAUUGCGACAUUCCGAGAUACGAGCCGCUCGAAGAUAGCAAAACCUACGGCAUAAUAACUCAAAGAACCGAAUCCAAUAAAUUUAAAUACAUGGAGCAGAGUCCUGGUGAACUUAUAGAGAACACUGAGCUUGGCGAAUACAAGGAUAUAGAUGUAGUUUUGGACUACAUAAAGAGACACAAGAUUAUCACUCCUAAACUGGACCAGCGAGUCACCAUCACUGGAUUCAGAUCGAAGCAUUCUGAUACCUCUAUGCCGGAGGCGGAAGACAGCCUUGAAACCACUACUGACCUGAAUCCAAAACGAAUAAAAACAUAGUACCUAUACCGUAACUGAAAAAACCAAAAUCAAAUUCAAAACAUGAUUUUUUCAACAAAUAAUAAUAAUAAUAAUAAUAAUAAUAAUAUUCCAGCCUUUUAAAACAUUCUAAAAUGAAACUCGUAUUUUUUUUUUUUUUUUUUUUACUAAAAGUUUUACAUCAUUAUUAGAAAAUAAUUCCAAAACUCGGAUAUUUCAAAAGCAAGCAAUUUUAAUAUUCCAAUUUCGAAUUUUUCAUUUCAUUCGGGUCGGAAAAGUGAUUCUGGCCGAGGGUGAGGUUUGUGACCCGAACAAAGUGAGGGGAACAACUCACACGAGUCCAGAAUCACUUUUCCUCUGAGUUUCGUAAUAGUUAUUUUAGUUGUUUUAAAAUUAAGUAUUAAUCAAACGUUAAUUAGGUAGGUACCUAUUUCAUAAAAAUUUAUAAAUUUCGAAAAGUGUAAUAAGUCGCAAAUUCUGACAUUUCAACAAAAAAUCACACUUAGUCAUUUUCACACUUUCAGCAUCUUGGGAAAAGUUCCAUUCAAUCGUUUUUUCAAUAUUUCAUCAAACUUGAAAACUUUUUCAAAUUGAAAUUUACAGAAAUAAAAAAGUUUUCAUAGGUCUGCGUUGAAAUAUGGUGACUAAAUUUACACCAAAACACGGCGACAUCGUGCAUAAUAUAGCAAAGCGGCAUUUCUUUGAUAUUUUAUUACCUACACAUGGUUAGCCGGGACAAGGUUUUUCCUAUCGUCAACAGCGAUAGGUUUUUUAGCCCAGUCUCGUCAAAGCCAUCUUAUGCUCGCGAUGUGUCGAAUGUAUGGAUCUAGAGAUCUGUGUGUAUUUAACUAUAAUCUGCAGUGUGUAAAGAACAAUACAUUUUGGUUUUCGCUCA